AUGAAGAUGAUCUUAAUGCUCCGCCUCCUCCUCCUGGCAUCAAUGAUAGGGUGCCGCGCCCACUCGCCCAAGAUAGCUGCCAUUGUCGCCAGAGCUCAUCGAGAUGGGAUUGACUUGCCGUCCCUUCCUUUCGCCGAAGCAGCCUUCCAGUCCAUUGAAGUUAUCAGUCGGGCAAAUACCACCGAACUAGAUUUUACCAAUGCGACAAGAGUCGAUACUCAUGGCCAGUACUUCGUCUCCUUUUGCUCAUCCGUAACCAUCGGAAUCGUUUUCCUGACUGACGACGAAACAGUGCACGCAGUUCCGGACUUCUACUAUGCUCUUGUUCCGGACACCGGGGGCAGGCCAACUCCUGCUUGGGAUGUGGCUACACAUUUACGAUUCAUGGCCAACCAUAGCAUUUCUCAUGCAGUCCUUUCCAUUUCAACACCGGUUAGCAAUGUAUUUCUGGGAAACCAGACUUUGUCUAUUGGACUUGCAAGGCUAUUGAAUGAGUGGCUGGCCGAGCUUGUGCAGGCGUUCCCAAAGCGGUUCUCCUUCUUUGCUGUCGCGCCGUUGCCAUACGUCAGCGCAUCUAUGACUGAAGUCAACUACGCCCUGCAAGAACUUCACGCCAGGGGGGUUGGCCUCCUGACGAACCAUGAGGGGCUUUAUCUAGGCCAUCCCGAUCUCCGCCCGUUUUUCGCUUCUCUCAACUCGACCUCAGACAGGUCACCACCUAUAUUCGUGCAUCCGACGUCACCGUUUCUAAGGAUCAACGGGAGCUUAGUCGAGGCCAAUCCAACUCUUUAUCCUACGGGUCUGGUCGAAUAUUAUUUUGAAACCGCCCGGACCAUGUUGGACUUGACGCUGACUCAAAGCUUUGUGAACUUUACAAACAUCCGGUGGCUGUUCUCUCACUGCGGAGGGGCGUUCCCUCCCAUUGAGGACCGAGCUCUAAAGCUCCAGCCGGCCAUUGAGGUGCCCGCUAAGGCCGUCUAUGGAUCAAGAGUCUGGUACGACAGCGCGGGCCCGACUUACUUUGCCCAAGUAAAAGGGCUCUUAGGAUAUGGAGUUCCGACGUCACAGCUAGUCUUUGGAUCGGACUAUCCGUACGCACCUGGAACUUACGAUUCAGGAAUCGGUGCCAUCCAGGAGGCGGAGUUUUUGUCCGAUCAGGAGAAGGAAGCAGUGUUCUCAAGUAAUUAUGAAGCAGUCUUGGGUGAAGUGAUGUAG